AGGCUGGUGUCCGAGGCAUCUUGAACACACCAUUACUGCUACUAUAGGAAAUGAUAGAAGUGAAGGGCAUGACUCCAAGUGAAGACCCCCCCUCUAAAGCGGUCGACAUCUAUCGUGACACAUGGGUUCGCUUUUUAGGCUAUGCCAACGAGGUGGGCGAGGCUUUCCGGGCCCUGGUGCCGGUCAGCAUGGUAAGGGCCACCUAUGGUGUGGCCACCGUCUAUGUCACCGCUGACGCUGUGGACAAAGGGAAGAAGGCUGCGGCGGCCCAUGGAGACGGCCCUGGGAGGACAGCCAAGGUGGCUGCUGCUGUGGUCGACACCUUUGUGUGGCAAGCCCUUGCGUCUGUGGCCAUCCCCGGUUUCACCAUAAACCGUGUGUGUGCCGGCUCGCUCUACCUGCUGGGCCGCACCACCAAGUGGCCCCUGCCCGUCCGCAAGUGGACCACCACGGCCAUCGGCCUGUCCACCAUCCCCUUCAUCAUCACUCCCAUAGACAGAUCUGUAGACUUGCUGCUGGACGCCAGCCUUCGGAAGAUCUACGGGGGAGGAGAGAAGCAGGACUGAGGGGGAGACCCAAGAGGAGGAGAACAGAUGCUGUGGAGGCCUGACACCAUCCGGCUCAUGGUCCUUUGUGAACUGUGCAAUACAGUGCUGGUUCUUCCAGGAGUACAAUGGUUUUAUCUUUAUUAAUGCAUCCACACAAUAUACAGAUUAAUACAUUAUUCUUGUUGACAAUGCUCUAUUGAUCAUAAAUAAAGAUUUUUAGAUGCUUUGUAAGAUACUUUCCAAAGUAUAUAAGAAAUGAUAAAAACAAAGCAGACUAUAUUUAUUUCCAUAAUCUUUAGGAAUAUUUCAACAGUACAUCUAAUCUGGGACUAUCAGUCAUUUGUUUAAAAUUAAAUCUGAGAAUUAGAUUGUAAGGAUUACUCUGCUGAAAGAAGGGAUGUAGUGGAUACGAGCCAUGUUCACAAAGUCGAACUCAUGUUACACACACUGGUGGUUUAUGAGCCAUACUCUGCUGCUAUUGUGACAGCAUGGUGUCCACCAUGUUACGCUCUUACUGUAAUAUUUCUACUUCUUUCACUACUGUUUCACACUCCGGUUACUGCUGUUCCACACAAUGUGUUCACUUGUGAAGCCAUUUCAUUAAGCACAAGAGAUCGUUUUUUUUACCCAUAGCAAAGUGUAUAGUCGAUUGAUUUAUCGUAUGCCUUGACAUUAAGGUGUACUUUAUUUGAAUGUUUGUGGCAUCUUGUCACGAUAGACAAGAUGCCACGUUAAUUACUUUAAAUGUAGGAAAUAUGUGGAUGAUGACCUAGCUAUUGUUAGUGACCUCACAUGUACGAUGAGCUCACAGAUCUACGCUGGGCUUUCAAUGAUAUGGUUUACUCAGGCGUAAUACAUGUAUCGUUCAAGGUAUUUUGUAUUGAUUAUUAGGACUUGGUAAAUCAUUCCUCCAUAAUCGGUCAAUGGUUUGGAGAAAAAUUGUGUCACUCAGUCAGGAGUCCUAGAUUAAGUCCAUAAAAACUCUUCUGUCCAAAUACUUAUUGCUGUAUAAAUGAGAAGGAUGGCAAAGACAAAUAUACUAACAAAUAUAUAUUUUAUUACUGUUGGGUGGCAAGUGUAUACUGUAGCUAUGCAAGGGAAACAUAGGUGGGACCUGUAAACCGGGCAUUCAACUAUAAGGGAAUUCUUCAAGUAGACUUUUUAACCAUCUCUUUUCUUUUAAUGUUUUGUUCUGUUGCACUUUGUCAAAGCUUUAGGUUUACUUUUAAGUGACACGCCAAUAAAUCAGAAUGAAAACCUAUUGAUAUAUUGUCAUAUUUUAGUUUGAUAUGAUUGCAUGUUUUUUGUAGGGGUCGUUUUUCUGUUAUAGUAGACAAGAUAAUUGUAAACACAUUAAAGUUUAAAUACUGCAAAAAAAAAAAAAAUUAAAUAAAUAAGUAGGAUUAAAAAUUGUUUUUUUAUUGUUAUGCUUUGGCAGCUGACAUCUGACUCUUGCGGCAUAAAUUAUGGCAUGAUAACAUGUAUUUGUUUUUGAUCCCUAACGCAUUUUUGAUUACAUUUGUAAAACGUGUCACUUACAUUUUUACAAUGUCGGUUCAAUCCAAACUGCAUCGAUUGCCACCACAUCUGAUACAAACGAUCAACCAGAGCAUCGUUUAACCACUCAAAAGAAAGACCAUUCCCGCGCUCUCACACAAUUUUACGAUGACAUUAAAAUGUCUGCAAGUUAAUAAAAGCAAAUUCCAUCUUGACUAAUUUUGAGGGGCUGCGUAGCGGGCAAUGGCAUGCCUGCGGAGUAGAGUGGGGAAUCCAAAGUGACUAAUGCCAAUAAAUUACCCUGAUUGAGUAUGCACGUGGUUGCUGUCACCAAUUAUUCUAAUCAAGCACUUUUGUUUUGUACGUGUAGAGCUUCACCAGAGCUUUUAGCAAUGGCUCGGUUUUUCAACGUUUUGCUGGCAUAUGUAGGCCUAGCUGUAGUCCA